GUGUAUGAGUUCGCACAGGAGAGUGCACACAGCCAGGAUUAUAAUCAGUGAAGGAGGAAGCGGAGGACAAUAAAGGAUUAAAAGAGACACACAACCAGAAGAAAGCAAAGAAUAAGCAAUGAAGGAGAGAGUGAAAGAAGAAAGUAAAAGGCUGGAUCAUACGCUGCUUUAAUCUAAGGAUGUGGGAGCUUUCCCCUAAAAAGUGGAAUUUUGGAAAGUAACUUUUAUUGUUUUUUCAUGUGAGGGGUUCAUACUGUAACCAAGAAACAACUACUUAUUCAUCAAUGAGAAAGCAGAGCUUCUGCAUCUUCUGGAGGGGGGAAACAUAAGUGGUCUUCUCAGUGCUGUGAACACCACAUCGUCAGCGCAGACCUGUAAUGUGUGGAAGCGGACCAGAGUCGGCCCGUCCACAGCGGCCCCUUCCCAGUGAUCACUGGUGCCAUGGGAACAAGUAACAGGUACAGCAUUGUGUCAGAUAUCCUACCAGAGGAGGAACUGCAGAAGAUUUCGAGUUUAGCGCUCCGUAACGGCACCAGUUCUCCCAAAGUCCAACAGCACCGCGACUCAGAAGGAGGGGACAGUAGGAGGAGGUCUGGAGCCUCCGCUGCCGUGCCCAGCGCAAGGGGACAAAGAGGGAUGAACCACUACAACGGGAAGAUUCUGACAAGGGGCUCCAACCAGAUACGGAGCCGUUUUGUUAAGAAAAAUGGACAGUGCAAUGUUUUAUUCACUAACAUGGAGGAAAGGAGGCAGCGCUUCCUCGCAGAUAUCUUCACCACAUGUGUGGACAUCCGCUGGAGGUAUCUGCUGCUUCUAUUCUGCACCAGUUUCAUGGUAUCCUGGCUGUUCUUUGGCAUAAUAUUUUAUAGCGUUGCCCUGGCUCAUGGGGACUUUGAGGAGUCGACUACUCCUAAAGGUGAUGAAUUGGUAGUAGGAGGGCUGCAUGGACCCACCUCUGGACACACAGCUGGAGGACAGACACAAAGAAUGCCUUGCAUACUUCACGUCCAGGGGUUUGUUGGGGCACUGCUGUUCUCUAUGGAGACUCAGACCACUAUUGGCUACGGCUGGCGCUGUGUUACUGAGGAAUGUCCUGUAGCUGUGAUAACGGUGGUAAUCCAGUCCAUCGUAGGUUGCAUAAUUGACUCCUUCAUGAUUGGCACCAUCAUGGCCAAGAUGGCUCGGCCAAAGAAGAGGAACCAGACCCUCGUGUUCUCAAAAAAUGCUGUCAUCUCCAUGCGUGAUGGCAAGCUGUGCCUCAUGUGGAGAGUGGGCAACCUGCGGAAGAGCCAACUCGUGGAGGCUCAUGUCCGUGCCCAGCUCAUUCGUUCGUAUGUCACAGCUGAGGGUGAGUUCAUCCCCUUGGAGCAGAUGGACCUCAACGUGGGCUACGAUGAGGGCACAGACAGACUGUUUCUAGUAUCUCCGCUUGUUAUAAUUCAUGAGAUAGAUAAAGACAGCCCUUUGUACACUUUAAGCCGAGCUGAUCUGGAAACAGAUGACUUUGAGGUUGUUGUGAUAUUGGAGGGAAUGGUGGAGGCCACAGCCAUGACCACCCAGUUUCGUAGUUCCUACCUUGCCAGAGAGAUCUUCUGGGGUCACAGGUUUGAGCCUGUGAUUUAUGAGGACCGGGACCGCUACAAGGCAGACUAUUCUCGCUUCCACAAGACUUACGAGGUGCCAUCAACACCCCAUAUGAGCGCCAAAGAGCUUGACGAAGCUGCAAGCCGGCCCUCGUCUGCUGCAUCUCCUGUAUCACCUCAUAGAUCCACACAAAACUUAAUCCCACGGUCCCUGAGCGCCUUCUGCUACGAGAAUGAGGUCUCACUGAGCUGUGGAGAGGAGGAGGAAGACACAUUUGGCUCCUCUCACACUGUAGGAAAGGAGGACCGGAGGACUUCAGUAGACUUCCAAAAUAUGUUCCAGGACACGGCGACCAUGACCUCCGGCAGUCAUAGUGUCAUGUGUGUUCUAGAUAUGGACAACAACCAGAUGGAGUUUGACAUCCUACAAACAGCCAUUCCUCUCGAUCCAGUGACCUAUAAAAGCGAGCAAGAGACCUAAAGAUUGGAAAGAGGGUUCAUCUUUUGCCCCUGAAGCCUCUUUUGCCUUUCCAGUGUUGUUUUAUACGUAUUUCUUUCUCCUCAUGACACAUUAAAACUUUGAUUUUCCUACAUAACCUUUGGCACCAAUGGCUGCAGUCCUGGAAGGGCCAAAAACAAUCAACCACCCUAACUCCUAAAGAGGACAAGCUUUUUUUAACAAAGCAUCAAAAGACUUUUGGCUCCUUUUGAUUAUGAUUUCAUAACCAAAGUACGGUAGCACAAUCACAGAAAAACUUGAGUCAUGCUUUAGCAUCUGUGUAUAUUUAGCACAGCUUAAAAUGAUCAUAGAAAAAUAUAUUUUUCAUUAAACACAG